UGGACUUUUUUGUUAGACUGUUCAAACAACUUGAAAGGGAAGGGAACAAGUCUUUGGAUUUUCUAACUUCACUACUUGUUGGGGAAGUAGACACCUUCAAGGGGAAGGUGAAUUAAUAGAAGGAGGAGGUCAGAGUCAGAUAGUGGGGUCUCUUCUUUUCACUACUUGGGGAGCAAGUUUAUGCACAGCGUCUCCCACUUUUUCCAGAACGUUCAGCACUGCUUGCUUUUUGUGUAUAUAAAUUAGUGACCGCCCACUUGCCAUCAGAGCAUAUUCUUCAAAUGGACGAUCUUGUUGGAUUUAGAUUCCAUGUCUUCUGGAAAUGAAGCGGCUUGCUUUUUCUGUAUAUAAAUAAGCCAUUGCCCACUGGCCAUCAACGCAAAUUCUUCAAAUGGACGAUCUUGUUGGAUUUAGAUUCUAUCCAACUGAAGAAGAAAUCAUCCGUCUUCUGGAAACGAAGAGGCUUGACCCUGGUUUCUCUGUUCAUGCUAUUACUGAGGCUAAUAUUUACAAUUUCGAACCUGCUGAAUUGUUCGGGCUUUCACAAAUUCAGUCCGAUGAAAAAUGGUGUAACUUUUUCUGCUUACCUGAUUAUAUAAAGGCUGGCAGCGGUCGAGUUCACAGAACAACAAAGAAAGGAUUCUGGAAAGCAACCGGUAAGGUUAGAAAAAUCAAUUCCAAAGACGGCACUAUUGUCAUUGGAAGUAGAAGGAUCUUAGUGUUCUAUAAGCAUGGUCCGGUUCCCAAAGGUACUAAGCCCCUUUGGGUCAUGCAUCAAUAUUCUGCCCAAGACAAUCCUCUUUACAAGAAGGAUUUUGUCGUGUGUCGCAUAAAAAGAAAUAGAGAUAAAAAGCGACGGAAUUCAACCUAUGUUAAAGGUCGACAACAUAAAAAGCUGCGUACUUCAACAGAGGUUGAACAUCAACAGCAUCAAAAUCCCUGUAUUUCAAUCCUUAAUGAAGGUCAAGUGGAUCAGCAUCUGGCUUUUGAUAGUCACAGUAAUGCUACUGGAAAUAUUUUUCCAGAAUCACACUUUUCACCAAGUAAUUAUCUGGUUUGUGAUUCCAGAAAUCAUGUUGCAGAAAGCACUUUUCUGGAAUCACAAUUACCACCAAACAGCAGUCUGAUUUCUACGUUUAGAAAUCAUGUUGAAGAAAAUACUUCGAUUUCUGAAUCUAGAAAUCGUGUUGAAGAAAAUACUUCGAUUUCUGAAUAUGGAAAUCGUGUUGAAGAAAAUACUUCGAUUUCUGAAUAUGGAAAUCGUGUUGAAGAAAAUACUAAGAUUUCUGAAUCUAGAAAUCAUGGUAAAGAAUAUACUUUGAUUUCUGAAUAUAGAAAUUGUGUUGAAGAAUAUAUUUUGACUUCUAAAACUAGAAAUCUUGUUGAAGAAUAUACUUCGAUUUCUGAAUAUAGAAAUCGUGUUGAAGAAUAUACUUCGAUUUCUGAAUCUAGAAAUCAUGUUGAUGAAUGUACUUCAAUUUCUGAAUCUAGAAAUCGUGUUGAUGAAUGUACUUCGAUUUCUGAAUCUAGAAGUGUUGAAGAAAGUACAUCUUCCGAAUUGCAGUUAUUACUGCAAGUUCUUCCAGUUAACUAUUUUAUUUCUAAGUCAAGAAAUCAUGUUGGAGAAAAUACUUCUCCUGAAUUGCAGUCACUUACAAAUGACUACUUGAUUUCUGAAUCUAGAAAUCAUUCUGAAGAAAAUAAUUCUUCAGAAUAUGAGUUUUCGUCACUGUUACCAGCAAACGGUUAUUUGAUUUCUGAAUAUGGAAAUCCAGUUGAAGAAAAUACUUCUUCAGAAUCGCUAUCAAGUAAUUGCAUGAUUUUUGAAUCUGAAAAUCAUGUCAAAGAAAAUGCUUAUCCAGCAUUGCAGUCAGUACCACAAUUUCCACCAAGUAACUACAUGAGUUCUGAAUCUAGAAAUCAUGUUGAAGAGUAUACUUAUCAAGAAUUGCAGUUACAUCCACAGUGUUUACCAACUGGAAAUCCAGUUGAAGAAAAUACUUCUUCAGAAUUGCUACCAAGUAACUACAUGAUUUCUGAAUCUAGAAAUCAUGUUGAAGGAUAUACUUCUCAAGAAUUGCUGUUACAUCCACAGUGUUUACCAAAUAACAACUUGAUUUCAAAUGCUAGAAAUCAUGUUGAAGGAAAUGUUUCUCUGGAACAAUUACUUUCAAGUAGUUUUAAGAUUUCUAAUUCUAGAAAUCAAGUUAUUGAGAAUAGUUAUCCAAAAUCACAGUUACAAUCCAUUAGCAAUUUGAUUUCCAAUUCUGGAAAUCAUAUUGAAGAAAAUGCUCUGCCGGUGUAUUUUGAUCUACCUACAAUAUCAAAUGCACUCAGAGAAGGUAAUGAGCUUGCUGAGGCCUCUUUCUCCACUCUGCAGCCGCCAAAUAAUCAAGAACAAGGAUCCUCAUAUUCUACUUUCUCUAUUAGUGACUGUCCUUUAUUGGACAGUGAUUGGGAAAUAGCCUUCAUGAAUCCACAGAAUCUGUAAUCCAUGAUUCUUGUCAAGGAAUUGGACACAGUACUCUACCCCUUAAAUUCAAUUCACUAGAAGCGGGUGGAUGAUUUUUUGGAGGGGAUAGCAGUCACAGAGUCUGAGACCUUCACCAAAGGGUAAGAGACAUUUCUGUGUAAUAGCCUGCAUGUGUUAACCACAAUUGAAUACUGUACUAUGUACUUUGUGAUCAUGCAUCUAGUAUGUUCUUAUGUAUUUUGUAUUUUAGAAUACUUGAGAACUCAAUUAUAUUGUGUGUUGUAUCUUACAUGUAAUAAAAUAUGAAGUGUUGUGCCUCU